AUGGACCAAGAUCCCGACCACGAGCCGGCGAUCCGGAGUCUUGGCGGCCUGGAUGUCAUCGACUCGAAUGGGGACCUCUACCUCUUUGUAGGAGAAGACGUUGAAGAAAAGCCCAAAAAUUACUUUGUAUGUUCCAAAGCGCUCGCAAGAGCCUCGACAGUCUUUCGAAAAAUGCUCUAUGGCGGCUUCGCUGAGUCGCGACCACAUCAGAUGGAUGGCGUCGCGCGAGAUUGGACUGUGGAACUCCCCGAUGACCGGCAAGAGGCUUUGGAAAUGCUACUCAAUAUUUCGCAUGGGCGUUUUGAGCAGGUUCCUGAACAACUGGAACUCACGCGUCUCUACCAGUUCCUUGUGGUGACUGAAAAAUAUGACGCGACCAGCAUCACGCGGCCAUGGGCCCGCGGAUGGAUGGAGGCAGUCAAGACGAGCAUGCAGAAUCCGCUGCUUCUCGGUGUUGCUUAUGAACUUGGGGACGCCCAAAUGUUCAAUAACAUGGCAAUGAAGAUUGCUACUGAGUGUCUGGUUGACGACGAUGGAGACUUGGUGUUUGGUUAUAGCGGAGUGAACCGUGAAACUUACUCAUACAAACUUGGCCACAUCGAAUAUCUAUUCCCGUCUGGCUUUGUCGAUGAUGCUACGACAAUACGCAAGACUCUUCUCACCACCAUGCUGGAACCCUACGCUAGCCUCUACAUGACGCUUAAACACGGAGACCGAUGCAUGUCAUCGCCGCAAGAUCCCACGGGUGGCAAAAGAUGUGACAGCAUCCUAUUAGGGUCCCUCAUCCGAUCUUUCGCGGCGCAGACAAUCGAUCUCACGGCCCCGGAUCCCGUCGCAGCAUACCGCGGGAGCGCCUCGGCGCUUCAGUCAGUUCUGCUCAAGCUCGAGCUGUUCACGGUCCACUCGGGCUUCUCGCAUCCCGCUUGCGAGCAUGUCUUGCAGUCCGGACUGCGAGAGGGUGUAGAAAGGUCGCUGAUGCUUAGGGGGGAUAUGAGCUUUGUUCAGCCAAAGCACAAGGAAUAUUUGCAAAAGCAGGCGCAAAAGACGGGUCUUUCUAAGUAG